AAGAAGAAGACCUCCGGAAUAUUACGCAGAUUUGUCUGCAUUUUCCUAAUUAACUCCUGUCUACUAACCGGCUGAGAAGGAAACUUCGUCAAGAUUGUACCAUUAUUUGACGCAGUCUGGAAACAUGUGGGACGGACCUGGGCAAGAACCACGACGGGGGGCUCCAUUUCGUGGGGAUCGUGGAGAGAUGUUUAGGGGCCGAGGUGGUCCCUUGCCUAAUUUUAGAGGUAGAGAUGGUAUAAACAUGGGUCAUAUGGGUCCUCGAUCCCAAGAUACAGCAUCAAUGGAUAUAAGGAGAAUGGAUGGUCCAGCCAUGAGGGGACGUGAUACUGAACUACGUGAUGCGAGAGGAAGAGAACCGAACAGAGAUUUCUUCAGACCUGAAGAUAAAUCGGACCUAACUCUUAGAAGGCAAUAUGAAAUUGCUAUCCGAGACAAGCUAAUGAAUGCUUCUGGCUUCAUGGGACCUGGCAGAAACUCAUUAGACAUGGAAGAGCGAGCUAUGCCACCACGCGAGCUAAACAACAGAUUUUUGGAUAUGAGAGAGAGAGAGAGGUUUCAUCGUGACAUGCCAGGGUUCAACAAUCCUGACAUAGAUGGUAGAAGAGGAUUUCCGAUGGGGCCAAUGGAGAGAAAUGAUGGAUUUAGGGACAUUCGUGAUAGGCCUCGUCGGGGCAUGGAUGACAUUGAUGGCUGUAGUAUGGACUUGCCUCCACAUGAGAGGAGGAUGAUGGACGUUGAAAGAAGAGGGGGGGUACCUUUCGGUGGAAGAGGAGGAUUUAACUCCGAUAUGGACCUCAGGAAUCGUCCUGGCCCUCCAGCUGAAUACAGAGGUAGAGAGCGAUCUCCCUUACGGUUUGGGAACAACAGUGCUGGUUCUCUGGACCGGGGAAGGUCAGACAUGCCUCCAAAUGUUGGUGGCCCACAAAGACGAGACUUUAUGGGUUCAGAAGAUGCAGUCAGAGAUAUAAGAUUCCCAGACAGUAGAGAUAGCCCCCUGAUGGAUUAUAGAAGUGGUGAAGAGAUGACUCUUGCAGAGGAAUGGAAGAACCGUUGCAAAGAAAAAAACUUCCCAAACACGCCUAAAGGUCUGGGAGGUACAACAGACCAACACUUCUCUUUAGGAUUUGGCAGAGAGCGGGAGGUUGGAGAACCAGCAAAGCUUAAAGAGAGAGAUAGGCCACCUGCUGAAUUUUCUGGGAAAGAAGUUGGUUUCCCCCGUGUUGGUAAUUUUACUCCCAUGGAUAUGCCAUCAGUUGGCCACAAAGCUCAACAAGACAUGCCAUUCCCAGAAAUGAGUCCCCUUCCCAGUUCACUUGGUAGAGAGCAUGAGAGUAAACGCUGGCUUGGAGGAAGAGAGCCCAAGCAGAGUCAAAAUGUGUCAAAUCUUAAUGAAAGACCCACUUACCAUAAAGAGAAGAACCAAUCAUCUCAAGGAACUGAGGGAUCGAGUGAUUGUUUCAAAGGGUCCAAGGAUAUGCUGCACAAUCAGGGAGCUGAGAGCAAGAUAAGGGCAGAACAUGACUUCCAAAAUAGCAGUGCAGCACAAGGAAGGGACCAAGACUACAGGGACAUUGAUUAUAGAACAGGAUCUGGAAGGGCUUUUGAUUACAAGCGUGAGGAUUUUCAUGGGCCCGACAAAAUUUUGAAAGAAUCUAAACCAAUCCCACCUUCAAAAUUUAGUGACUCUGGUUCUCAGGAUCAGGAUUACAGGAGUGCAUUAGUGGAGGAUAAAGUUUCCAAUACCAUAUCCAUAAUUGGAAUUCCAAAGACUGCUACAAUGGAGCAGAUUCUUGGUGCUUUUGCAGUUCGUGAUGGUGUGCCAAUGCAGGGGAUGAAAAUAAAAAGUGUUGUACCAGGUUACAGCUACGAUACGGCCUAUGUGGAGUUUUUUAACCUCGAGGAUGCAGUCCACUUCAUGGAGUCCAACAAGGGAUCCCUCAAGGUUGGUACUAAAACAGCUUCUAUGAAAUACAUCCAGCCAGAAAAGAGUGAGGGAGCGGCACGUGAAUCGGAUCUCAAAGUACCACAACACCCAGAACCUUCGUUGCCUGGUCCAGAUGAACCUUUAGAGAGGUUGAAGAACAACCUGAAUGGCUCCAAACACAAAGGCCCCUCAGAACCUUUGACUGAGGGCCAAUGGCAGCGGAGCUCAGACCUGACCCCAGAGGCCUGGCAGCAGCAGGUUGACCAACAGAAAGACAAAGAUCAGCCAGCUGAGUCCUGGGGCCACCACAAUCCUCCUCGUCAUGGUCCACACCAAACUGACCCUGUCUUUAGAGAGAGCAAGACUUUGAUAUUAAAGAACGUGAAGUCCACCACCACAGUGGAGACUAUCCUAAAAUCAUUGGAUCCCUAUGCUUACCUGGAUGAGAGGAAUGUCCGUCUUGUCAAGAGCAGGACAUCAGGGGCUAAGUGCUUCUGUUUUGUUGAUAUGGACUCCCAUGAGCAAGUGACACGUCUGGUGGACCUCCUCUCCAAACCUAGGCCCCUGUCAAUUGACGGUGUUAGAGUUUACGCAGAGGUUGCAAAGCCACUAAAGAACCAAAAUUUUAGAAGAGAUUCUGAUAAGCCUAGUUCUUCCCUCCUGGGGUACCCACCUGAGGGCAAUAUAAUGGGGGAGCAGCAGUACUCACAGUCUCUUCAGUAUUCCCAGUCUUUGCUGCCACCAGUCAGCAUCCCAGCUCCCAUUCAAGAGGAAAUUAUGACUGACAGUAUGAACCCUACUCUGGCAUCAGACUCGAGCUAUAGCCAAGCAGUUGGUCAUAGUGAGACCCCAGUCAUGAAACCUCAUCCCACAUACGAGGCUGUUGCACCACAUGUGUCUACAGACACAUCAGGGAUGACGGCCAUACCUGAUGGAUCAGAGCCCUACAUCUACGGUUCUGACACUCCAGACUUGGCCAACUACUUGUAUGAUGCCACCUCAGGCUUCUACUAUGAUCCUGAGACUACUUUUUACUUUGACCCUAACUCUAGGUAUUUCUAUAAUGCCCAAACCCAAGAGUACAUGUACUGGGAUGCUGUGACAAAGACCUACGUCCCGGUGCCAGGGGGGAAUGCCACAGAGAGCCAGUCCAUGACCAUGACACCUGAGGUCCAGGCCAUUCUUUCCAACCCAGCAGCAGAUGCUCCUCUGGAAAUGAAGAAGCCGUCGGAGCCCAAAUCUGCCCACACUGCAGUUUCCACACCUGACCUUCUCCAGGCCCCAGCCCCAGUACCCGACUCUGCCUCCAAUCCCACCUCAGAGCCUUGCCAGAGUUCGACCCAGGAGAAGAAAGAAGAGGAGGAUUCUGCUAAAAAGGACAAGGAUGGUAAAGAGGAGAAGCCAAGAAGUCUUGCUGCUGUGAAGAUCAUGAAAGAUAUGGAGCGAUGGGCAAAGAUCCAGAACCGUCAAAAGGAUAGCGUCCGGGCCCCAUCGCCGGUACUGAAGACUGGAUUACAGGAGGAAAGGAAGACUUCCAAGGCUGCUGAUGCAGGCUUUGCCAUCUUUGAGAGGAAGGGCUCUAUAGGAGAUGACCUUUUCAAGAAGCCCCUUGCCCCUCCGAAGAAAGAUGAAAAGCCAAAGCGCCCAAUGGGCUCCCUGGGUUUGUUGGCAUCAGACUACGCCGCUGGCAGUGAUGAGGAGGUGGAGGAGGAGAAGCAGGAGCCUCCAAAGGCUAAGAGCCAAUCGGAUGACAAGGAUGACAAGCUGACAGACUGGAAGAAGAUGGCCUGCCUGCUGUGUAGGAGACAGUUCCCUAACAAGGAUGCUCUGAUCCGCCACCAGCAGCUUUCGGACCUUCACAAACAAAACAUGGAGAUCCACCUCAAAAUCAAGAGGUCAAAGAAAGAGCUGGAGGCUCUAGAGAACCAGGAAAAAGAAGUACGGAAAGAACUGAAUGCUAGGGAACCAACGAGGUCCCCAGAGCCAAAGAGAAGAAAACACCAUCACCAGCAGCCACAUCACCAUAAUACCUGGGCCGGGGGCUCAAGAGAAAAAGUCAGCGAGAGGCCCGGUUUAGGGUCUGAACCAGUGGAGAGGAAAAAGAAAGAGCCUGUUGUCUGGGACCACGCCACUUACAAACAAGCAGUUCGCAAGGCCAUGUUUGCACGGUUCAAAGAGCUGGAGUGACACCCCUGUCUGAACAAACCUCUGCAGUGUCCCCUGAAUAUGUGAGGCGCUCGCCUGCCUUGGCAUGAGAUCUCCCUUUGACUGUUUACUGCCUCUCUGCCUUGGUCUGUAUCACGGGUCUGUAUCACGUGCUAGAGCAACGGCUUUCCCUACUGACAAGAAACAUGUAUUCUGGCCCAAAAUGGCAUAAUCCCAUCUACACUGAAGCCGGAAGGUGUCGGCUAGAGCCUACAGUAGUAGGUGGUCUGUGAAAGGGGGCUUCCAGGGGGCUGGAAGAGUCUCAGUAGAUAUUUUAUCAUGCCUGUUCGACGUCUCACCACUCAGGCUCUUCCAGCUGCUGGAGAGCUUGUGGCUCCCAGGAAGCCGAUGACUACCACUUGUUUUGGGCCUGUCCAAAAGUAAAUACCCUUUGGCGUAGGAUUCAUAUAGAAUUAGUGACUAUAUUUGGGACUCCUCUUUGGUCUUUUACAUGCAACACUCACAAAUAUUAACACAAGUGACUUACUUGGACUAUUGAGUGAAGCUGCUAGAAAAGCAGUUACAAAGAAACAGAGGACUGGUAUGAUGUAUAAUUUAUGACAUUGUUGUGAUGGAAAAAAUCACCUUCUCCCAUGAGGCUUCAGGAAACUAAAUGUGAGGAAAUUCUGGAGAAUUGUACGUUUACCCAAAUCGUCCUUUUGUUUAAAUUUGUUUACGCAAGUAUGGUUUUGUAUAUUUUCUUUUUUCUUUUAUCUCAAAUGGGAAAAAAACACCCCAUGGUCUAUUUUUGUGUUGUAUAAUAAUAAUAAUAAAAAAGGGGGGGGGCUUGUCAAUGAUACCCAGUUAAUUUGUUUGCCAUGUGUUUUUUGUGGCUGAUGUCCAGCGGUCCAAUUGUCCACACCUGUUGUCAAUUUGUGUUUUUAACCGUUUUAAGCUGAUUUCCAUGUAAUUGUUGUUCAACACUAAGCGGUUUAUACAUGUGAAUCGGUGCAUCUUGACAUAACGUUUUCAUCACUCAACCACGUGACAUCUUCAGUUUCUACGUGGUUCUUUUCCCUCUUUUGUUGGGUUUGGUAAUAUGUGUACACAUUUUUAAGUAAA